CACUGGCGAAAGAUGGCAGCCUCCUUGCUUCGAAGAGAAGCCGGGUUCUUGGGACAGUAUAUGCUUCGAUUUGAAACGGGAAAAAAUGUUGCAAGAGGGCAGCGGUUGGUGUGUCGUGUCCAGCUGCUUGUCCGUCAGAAGUAUAGCGGCCAGAGUGUCCGAUCAUUGGCCACCUCCCCAACCAAGUCAGAGAAGACAGAUUUAGUACCAUCAGACCAAGAGGCCCUGUACAGGGAGCGCUACAUCCCCAUCACACGGAGGUCUGUCAUUCGACAUCUCAUGCAAGAGGAAGACUUUCUCACAGAUGAAGAAAAGAGGAAAUUUGAUGAUUUUGCUCUGGCUCUAGACUCUGCUAUAGUCAACAAGUACCACGGUGUUCUUCAAGAGCUCAAGCGCAUAUUUGACCCCCUGAACCCUGAUAAGGACACUAUCGCGACACGUGAGUGGACGUGGCGUGAGCGGCUCGACAAUGAGUUCUGGCUACUGCAGCAGAUGGAGGACAUCAUGGAGAAAGCCAACUUCCAUGAACUGUCAUCCUCCACUGUCAGCCGAGCCCUCGAGGAACACGAAGCCAGGGAAGGAGUACGGGUAAGUGUGGAUCCCAACAAGUAUGAUGUUUUACGGUUCUGGGCACUAGGGCGUGAGACACCACUACACGGUCCGUCCAUCUGGGAGCGCCUGGUCAGCAGGGUGACCAGGACACCGAUACCACAGCCUAUAGAGUACUACAAGAGGGUUGUGCUGGCAAUUAGGCUGAAGAAGGACUCCAAACUCAUGCUUAAAGCUUUCAAAGAAGUGCCCAUCAAUUCAUUAGAAAUGCUUCUACCAGAUGGCACGAUAAAGAUGAGUACUUUUGACAAAGGCUUGUUGUCAUCGUCUGUUUUCUUAGCUUCUGUGGGUGUUGUAGCCAAAGUUGUGACAGUUUUAGCAGAAAUGAAAAUUGACUGGACAUUGAUAGUGACUGCCAUUACUGGCGUGGUGGGAAUCAGAGCUGGACAGUACAAGAACCGACGGAACAGCUACCUUGUGGACGUGUCAAGGAUGCUGUAUUUCAAGAACAUAGCCAACAACAGGGGCUUGUUGACAUUGUUGGUGGAUCGUGCAGAAGACGAGAGUUUCAAAGAAGCCUUGCUAACAUACAGCUUCCUGCUGACGAAUCGACCACCAUCAGAAAAAGCCAAGCCCAGUAGUCAACAUAACCCAGCAGAACUCGGUGGAAUAACAGACAUCCAGGUUGAGAAGAUGGCAGAGCAUUUCAUCAGUAAGAAGACUGGGGUGAAGAUUGAGUUUGACUCCUCUGAGGCGGUGAAAUUGUUGAAGGGUUUCGGACUCCUAAGUGAAAAGGGAGACAAGCUGAAUGUGCUAUCAUUGGAGGCGGCAAUGCGGAACCUCCCUCAGCAGCCCCAGUCUGUGGUUGCACGUGGAGAGGAGGCGGACAUCACGGAGGGGUAUGAUCGGGAUGAGUACCUGGAGACAGAGGAGGAAUACAAGGAUGAGGAGAGGAAGACCAAGAAAUAUGGCUGGUUUUAAUCAACGCCAGCAACUUAGGAGAAAGUUAUUUUAGGAAAUAAGUAUCAGUUGAAUAUCUUGAAUCAACUCUGUCAGUCAUAUCUUAAGAUACAUGUUGAUCUAAGCAUAAAUUUUGCUGAAUGAUUUCAGGCUAACUUAAGUGUUUAUAUUAAAUAAUCUUUGGGUAUAAUUCUGGUUGUUUGGAAUUAUCUCUGAAUAGCAGAUAUGAAAUUUGUCAUGACAGUGAAAGCCGUGUUAGGAUCAUAGAAUGUUGGUUUUUGGUAGAUUAUUUUCUAACGUUGUCAGUGUUUGGGUGGAGAGUGAUCGAUGUAUUCUAGGAUGUCCAGAAAGGGAAUGAAUUCAGAUUGGUUUUAUUGGAGAUCUUCAUCUUGCUUUUGAGGAUGUGAAUGUAUCUUUACAGUGAGAAUGUGUCCUACAUCAAGCUACAACUACUCAUUGUGUUGGAAGUGUUUCAGACAGAUUCCGCCAUUACAGGCAAACUUAGUACAUUGUCUCUCCAUACCUUUCCUGUCCAUUUGGACAUGUGAUAAAUUAUGCAAUCCUUUUCUUUAAACUGUUGUCAAUAACUUAAAGUGCAUGUUAUAUCAUGUUUUCACUCCCAAGUUAUGUCAAUCCACACAGAUGAAAUUGUAGUAAAGGUAUUACUCCAAUUAGUGAUAUUGUUGACAUCGUGAAUUUUCAACAUGUCCAUAUAGGAAGUUUAUACACAGGUCAUAUAUUGAUUUACUGUAUGCUGUAAAUAGGCCUCAGCUGGGGAAUGUCUGUAUAUAAAAUUGUGUUUAUUUC